AGUGCAGAUGUCUCGCGUGAGACUUUAUCAUUGACCUCUUUAGCGGCAUUAUCAAAAGGUUCAUCCGUUAAUCUCGAAAAAGCCUUAACCUUGCAAACACGUUUAGGUGGUCAUCUUGUCAGUGGUCAUGUGGAUGGGUUAGCAACGGUUGAAUCACGUCAUGCAGAUGGGCGUUCGGAACGUUUUCGUAUCAAUGCUCCUGCUGAGUUAGCUAAGUAUAUUGCUGCAAAAGGUUCGAUUACCAUUGAUGGCGUUAGUCUGACGGUUAAUAAGUUGAAACGGUCAAUUGGUCGCUAUCAAGUAGGGACAAAAGUAAAUUUAGAGGUGGAUGUGGUCGCGCGUUAUUUGGAGCGUUUACUGUUGGGGGAGAAAGCGGCUGAAGCUGCGAAAGAAAAAGACAACAUAAACCAUGCGUUCUUAGCCAAACAUGGUUUUUAUAAGGUCUAA